AUGAAUUCGAUGUUCAGUGCUUUCGACGCCAUGUGCGCUGAGAUGAUGGGCAAGAAAGUCACCGCUGCGUCUUACAUCUGCAACCGCUCUGAAAUCAGCGGUGCUUCUUCCGGCGGUGGCGGCGGCGGCGGCCAAACCGUGUCUUCGCUGAAGAAAGACAAAAAAGCUACAAAGUUGGCGGCGGUGAAGCAACCGAGGUUUGCUCUUGAGCUCGACGGGCUUCAAUUCUUCGAAACCAUUGUUCGUUCUUGAUUCCAACCCAAAGAUUACAUAUCUUUUUCUGAGUCUUUCUUUGUUUUCUUCUUUU